AAGACCAUGUUUGGCGCUCCCAUACGAUGUUGAUAAAUUUAUAAGGAUUCAUGCGAGCAAGCCAAGCACAGAUCCAAUCAAUAGAAAGACACAGAAGGUCCAGAUUCCAGACAACACUCAAAAGCAGCGUAAACCAUAAGUAAUGGAAGGAUUGAUGAGAGUGCGAACAAAUCCCAUUCAUCUUCAUUGUGGACGACAUCAUUCUCCUUCUCUUCCUGCAUUUCCCACAUUGCAGCUACAGAAAAAGUUUUAUAGAAAUUCAUUUGGGAUGAUGAAACAUCCCAAAUCGUUCAACUCAGUAGUUGCUUCUGUUCAACCGUUAGAAGCUUCUACUCGCUUUGACAACACUUUACCAUCCAAAGAGAUUCUUGAACUUUGGCAAGAUGCCGAUGCUGUCUGCUUCGAUGUGGAUAGCACAGUGUGCGUGGAUGAGGGCAUUGAUGAACUUGCAGAAUUUUGUGGGGCUGGAAAGGCUGUUGCAGAAUGGACUGCAAGAGCGAUGGGUGGCUCUGUUCCUUUUGAGGAGGCCUUGGCUGCCAGACUGUCUCUCUUUAAGCCUUCCUUAUCCCAAGUCCAGGACUUCCUUGAAAAGAGGCCCCCAAGAAUUUCUCCUGGAAUAGAUGUGUUGGUCAAGAAGCUGAAGGCUAGGAAUACCAACGUUUAUCUGAUCUCUGGAGGCUUUCGUCAAAUGAUUAAUCCUGUUGCAUCAAUCCUUGAGAUUCCACCUGAAAACAUCUUUGCAAAUCAACUGCUGUUUGGAAGCUCUGGGGAGUUUUUGGGGUUUGAUGCUAAUGAACCUACUUCAAGGAGUGGAGGGAAAGCCACAGCAGUUCAGCAGAUAAGGAAGGUUCAUGGAUACAAGAGAUUAGUCAUGAUUGGAGAUGGUGCAACUGAUCUUGAGGCUCGUAAACCAGGAGGUGCUGACUUAUUCAUUUGCUAUGCGGGAGUUCAACUUCGCGAGGCCGUUGCAUCAAAAUCUGAUUGGCUAGUUUUCAAUUUUAAAGACCUGAUAAAUACCUUGGAAUAACUCGAAACACUCGACCUUUUUCGAGGUAUUUCAUUUGGCUUUGUUUUGUUUCAUUAUUAUUCUGUGGUGCUGCCUGGGGGCACCUGCAUCUUAUAGUUGCAUUCUUCCCAGAGGUAUCAAUUUUCCUUUACCAUAGCUGAAUGUAAAGAAGAAAAAGGAAGAACUAAUGUCAUUGAAAGAAAAUGACUCUUAGAUGUUGUUUCUGUGAUGUAAAGAUUGAUCAUAUAUUAAUAUAUUUUGUUCCUGAAAA